GGAUAAGGCCGGCCCAUCUUGAUCAAGAAGAAGUCGGUCAUGAAGGUCUCACACUCAAAUCACGCCUGAUGGGGACGUAUGCUCGGUCAAUAGAAAGGAUGAGGACUGGGAUGUACCGCAAGCCCAGAAAAAAAUUAAAGGGCAAGGCCAUUCAACCGGAGGGAUCAAGGCGUUUGGCCUUCCAAAGGUUGGGACAUGAAGGAAGGAAUCACAACCAACCGGCCAAGGAACGGCUGGGAAUAGAGACCAUCCAGGUCAGCGCAUUCGACCGGUUGGGAGGAGGCGGCGGACGACCUGGUCGAACCAGGCAGACCGAACCUGGUCCUCAGGACGAGCCCCAGCACAGCCAGGUGCCUCGGGAGGAUGAGGAAACAGAAAGUCACCCUAGGCACAUUGUUCGAACGCAUGUUGAGCAGCCCAAGGAUCGAGUGGAUCGGGUAGAAGCCGGAUUGGAGAAAUUACAAAGGCGGGUAGAUAGGGAUGAAAAGAAGAAGGUUUUGCUGAAUGGAUCGCCGUUCACUAACCGGGUACAUGAGACCCCUUUCCCAAAAAAGGCCAAACUCGAGGUCCCAAAGUUCACUGGCAAGGAGGACCCAGAAAUCCACGUCAAAACUCUCCACCAAAGUGGGAGGAUGAUGGGACUCACCGGGGAUGAGAAGUGUUUAGUUUUCUUCCAAACCCUCCGCGGCCGAGCCGCUGGGUGGUUUCACAAUCUUCCCUCUGGUGAGAUUGACUCCUUUGAUGAGUUGGCAGAGGUGUUUCAGGAGAAGUUUAAAGAAAACUGUACCAAGAGGAAAAAAUUCACCUACUUGAUGAGUACGGCUGGGCAGAGGGAACAUGAAGAUCUGACCAAGUUCCUGACUUGGUGGAAGGACGAAGUUGACAAGGUUGAGGAAAUGGACGAUAAAACCGCCAUGUCCCUCCUGGUCUCCGGGCUUCGGUCCGGAGAGUUAUACAAAGAAUUCUGCACGAGGCCCCCUCAAUCUUACCCAGAGGCCUACAACACGGCCUGGGACUAUGCAGAUGCCGAAGCCCAGGUCUUGUCCAAGAGGGAGGCUGAGCAGGGUCCCUGGAGGGGAAGGAAUGUGGUGAAAAAGGAAACAAAUCUACCCGAAAGGGUAAAAACGGAAGUGUUGGAAGUGAAGGCGGAGAAGACGGAGAAGAAACAAACCGGGGGAAAGUAGUGGACGGAAAAAUAAUAUACAUGUAAUGUUCAACUUGUGUUUGUUUUAUUUUAAUUUUGUUUCAGCCUGAAUACCAUGUACGUACAAUAAGCCCGAACGUGUGAUGUCGGACUACUAAGUCCCGCACAAUCACGCUAUAAGAGACGCACGAGGCAUAAUCUCUUACGCAUGCAUAUGAUGUGGUAUGCUUCAAUAUGAAUGAUGAAAUGAAUGAUAUGAUAUGAACAAUUUGUAAACAAUAUGAAUAUAUAAUCAUGCAUUAGUUUAUUUGGAUGAAACAUGAUUAAAAUAUCAUUUAAUUA